UUUUCGUCUAAACCUUCUCCAUUUCUUAAAUAAUUUAUUUUAAACUCAUUAUUAUUACUAGAGUAAUUUUAUUUAGAAUUAUAUUAGAAAUACAAUUUACGAAAAUUUAUAGAAGUAUUGUAUAGAAGGUGUAAAAUAGAAAUGUCUGAGAAUAAUGAAGGUGUAGACAAUUUAUUGUUGUUGUUGACUCAACGGUCAGGCGGAGUCGAGAAGCUUUUGGAGAAUUUUUUCUCUUUUUUGGCCAGAAAAACUGAUUUUUACAGACCACCUGAUAAGACUAGUGAAUCUUCUCUUGAUCACUGCGUUAAUUUGGUUUCUUAUCACUGUAGAACUAUUGGUAUGAAAUAUUCAGAAUUAAUUAACAAAAAUGUGAAUUCUAAGAAAUACUCCGCCUCAUCUUCCAUCACUGCUCCCACUACUCCUCUCGCCACUCCUCACAGUUCACAUUCGGAACUCAAGAGCAGUUUGAAGAAGACCGUCAGUUUACCUGACGAAUCUUAUCAUUCUAAAAGUAACAGAACCAGAGCUGGAACAAACGCUAAAUUCACUGAUAGUAGGUCUGAAUCUUUAUCAGAAACUUCUUCCAGUUCUUCUUGUUUCCCUUCCCCUUCCCGGGAUUCAGUUGUUUUUUCCACUCCUGAAACUUCUCCUCAAACUAGAGCAGCUGAGCUUCUAAAAUCAGUAGAUUCUCCCCCCAAAACCACAACAGCUGAAUCUGUGAAACCUGUAGAUACAACUACAAAACCCAGUUCCUCCUCAGAUUCUGUAAAACCCCUGGAUAGCACUGUUAAAAACAAGGAUAAGGCAGACGAUAAUGAACAAUCACCCCAAGAGGAUAGUGAUGAAGACGACUCGUCACCACCUCCCGGUAACGGUGGUAAAACUGAAUGGUAUGAGUGGACUCAAACUUUAAGCUCUUUGGAAGUUUCAGUCAAAUUACCUCAGAAUACCUACAGCAAAAGCAUUAAAGUUGAUAUCAAUACCAACUCACUAUCUGUCAAAAUCAAUAACCAAAUUCUCUUCAGCGGAGACUUGUAUGAUUUAGUAAAGAACGACGAGUCUAUUUGGACGGUUGUUGAUAAUAGAAUGCUCCAAAUAACCCUUGAAAAAAAGAACAAGAUGAACUGGUGGCCCACCGUCAUCAAGGGCCACCCUGAAAUCGACGUCAAAAAAAUAGUUCCAGAGAAUAGCAAAUUGAGUGAUUUGGACACUGAAACCAGGAGCACAGUUGAGAAAAUGCUCUACGACCAGCACAGGAAAGCUGCUGGACUUCCAACUAGUGAUCAGCAAAAGCAAUACGAGGCUCUUGAAAAAUUCAAAAAGGCUCAUCCAGAACUAGAUUUCUCCAAUGCAAACAUACAAUUUUCAUAA